AUGGGUCGCGUUCGCACAAAGACCGUCAAGAAGUCCGCCAAAGUAAUCAUCGAGCGCUACUACCCCAAGCUCACUCUCGACUUCGAGACGAACAAGCGGAUAUGCGAUGAAAUCGCCAUCAUCGCCUCCAAGCGUCUUCGCAACAAGAUCGCCGGCUACACAACCCAUCUAAUGAAGCGCAUCCAACGCGGCCCCGUACGCGGCAUCUCCUUCAAACUCCAAGAAGAAGAGCGUGAGCGCAAAGAUCAAUACGUUCCCGAGAUCUCAGCCCUCGACUUCACCCAGAACUCCGAGAGCGGUCAGCUGGACGUCGACAGCGACACCAAGGAUCUGUUGAAGAGCAUGGGCUUCGACAGCAUUCCGGUCAAUGUUGUGGCGGUUGCACAGCAGGAGCAGCAGAACCAGCGCGGUGGACGACGGGUGUUUGGCACUGAUCGGAGAGGUGCUUAG